AUGAGUUGUUCAACAGCUCUUAGCCAUCAUGAAAUUCUUCAUUCUUUCCACUACCCUACUCCUAAUUGGUGUUCAAUGCGGUUACCCAGUUGCUCAGAACAGUUACCCAACACCACCACCGCCAUCGGAUUCCUAUGUAGUCCCGAAGCAGUCCUAUCCAACUGCUCCUGGAGCAUAUGCUACGAAGCACAGCUUCCCUCAGAACUCGGCACCUGUAACAGCACCUCCACUACCACCACCACCGGCGCCCAGUGGCUACUCGUCAGAUGAUGCUUCAGUUACUUCAAAUGUUGCAGCAUCACCACCUGCACCACCAACUGAUGCUCAAAUCGUGGGCUCAUCAUCUUCAUCUACAAAUUACGGUGGAUCUUCCCCAACCUACGGAGGAUCUUUGUCGUCUGGAGGAAUCGUCGGUGGAAACUCCUUGAACUACGGAACUUAUAAUUCUGCUUCCGCUGGAACCCCCGCAGCCACCGGAGCUGGAGCAUCUUCAGGAUACCGCCGACGUGCCAAAGCCAAGGCUCGCGCUCGUGCUCGUGCUCGUACUGCUCCAAACCGCAGACUCCAUCAACGCCGUCACCUUCAACCGAUUAGAAGAUUCAGAUUCCAAAAGAAAGCCAAACAAUAAACUGCAAAAUUAUUUUUUCAAUUUCUUUCAAUAAAUGGUCUUUGAUUUUG